GCAAAAUGGGGGCCAAUUUACAAUAUUGAGAAGUUUUAAUGUUGAUAGACUAGGAAGGGAGAUCAAGCUAAGGGAACGAGAGGCGGACGACAGAUUGGAACGGAAUCGAGGAUUAGGGAUGUGAGACACGAACGGAGCACGAUGAGGCAACAGAGUAACCGGCGACGACUUUCUUCUUCGACCAGAACUGCGGGCGUUCGGCUCUCAUCUUCGAUCAGCAUCUGGACACAGAGCAGGGCGGUGGUUGGCCUUCAUCGUCCAUCGGCUAGCAGCGAGGCAUGGAGGUCCGAUUCCGACCUCCGUGAUUCCGGACGGAAAUCAUGCGGAGGCUUUCUCUCUGAUUCGAUUUUUGUUGGUGGAAUCUCCGAACUUAUUUCAUCUGAUAUGCUUAUGGAGAUUGCUAAAUCCUUUGGACAUUUGAAAGCAUAUCACUUUGAGUUUAGUGCAGAUCUUAAUGAGCCAUGUGCUUUUCUUGAGGCUCAGUGUCAAAUGUCUGUUCCAUGAUCAAAACCAGGGAUAGACCCAGGGCCUGGAUACUACUGACAAUUAGAAAGCUGGAGCCUCUCAUGUGUGUGAGAAGCAAGAAUUUAUGUGUUUUUAAUAUAAUUAUGAACUGAAACCUAAAAGGGGAGUAAAACAUAUGUGUUCUUGAGCUUCAAUUUUGACACGAUCAAUAUAUUCACGUUAGGCUACCACUUGGGAUUAGGAGGUUUACACUGUAUCUGUGGGCUCGCUUCGAUCAGCAUCUGGACACAGAGUAGGGCCGGUGGUUGGCCUUCAUCGUUGAUCGGCUAGCAGCGAGGCAUGGAGGUCCGAUUUUGGACGGAAAUCGGACGGUGGCAAUCAGUCCAGCAGCUCUCCCUACAGUGAACUCCUGUCUCCGGCGAGUUACAGUGCAUGAGUGUAAGGUAAAUUUAGUGCAAAACUUGUAAUUACUUUAUUUUGUGCUUAUAAUUUGUUUGCAUAGGGUUCAACGACUAAUGAAUAUGAAAUUGAUGACCUUACAAUUGAUGGUAAUACAACCACUGAGCAAAGUCAUAAUGAGGAUCGAUGGAAUAAAGAUGAUGAAGCUGAGAGCGAUGAACUUGAAGAUGUAGACAGUGACGAGCAUUAAAGCUUUGGACUAUAUCUGUCAUAUCAAUGCGUAUUUUAAUUUAGUUUAAUUUGACUGUUUAUACUUCAGCUUGAAAUGUACGCAAAUGAUGAACUAAUUUUGAGAUGUUGGUUUACUUUCUAGUAAAUGGGUUAGUUGUAACCCUUUGAAAUGUUAUC